CAUCAAUUUCAAACCCUGGCUAGUUUUCAACAUAUAUAUAUAUAUAUUAAUUAAGAUGACGGGAAAAAAUGUUUCUGAUCUUCUUUCAUCAACAUGGGAAUUAGAAGGAGACGCAAGUGAUCAACACUCAACACAAACACAUGUUGAGAAAAAACUCAAGUUAUUCGGGGUUGAGCUGCUACAUCCCCAAGCCGAGGAGAUCAGUAAAACGAGGUCAUCCGAGGGGGAAGAAAGCGUAAAUUCAUCAUCAACAACAAUAGAAAAAGAUGUUCCAACAAAGUUAAAGAGAUUCGAGUGCCGCUAUUGUUUCAAGGAGUUUGUGAACUCGCAAGCGUUAGGAGGUCACCAGAAUGCACACAAGAAAGAAAGAUUGAAGAAAAAAAGGUUGCAAUUAGAAGCAAGAAGGGAAAGAAUCAACUACUAUCUCCAACCCUAUACCCGUUAUAAUAAACAUUAUGGUCCAGAAAAUGAGCCUCGUAUUAGUUUUAGUCAGUAUGAUGAUGAUGAUCUAUUGUCGUUUAGGGACCCAUGCCAUUUUACUCUUACGCAUAUAGAUAGGAAACCCUCACCCUCUUAUCGACCACUUGAAUUAAAGCAAAACUACGUAGCUGCUGCUGCUGCUGCUGCUGCAGGUUUAGAUCUUCAAUUGACCUUGAGCUCCAACUCCAUCAUAUAAACCAUUUGCUCGAUCACCACCUCGGAUCAUGGCCAUACGCAUGUAAAUUACAUUUCUUUUUUAAUGAAGAGAUCAGAGCAUCACAAAUAUAUUUACUGGAGUAGUUUUUUUUUUUCAAUUUCUUUUCUUAUUUAUUAGUUUAUUUUUGUAUCAUGGUGGCCAACCUAUUAUUAAUUUGUAUUCUUCGAUUAGUGCAAGAAAGAUAUAUUUAUUAGCAUCAUCAA